CACAAAGUAGCCUCUGAUUAACGUCCACUUCCCGAGAUAGAACCUUCUCAUGAAUUAUUCUAACACCCACGGCGUAGGAACCCCCAGUGUCGAACAUGUUACCGGUACGUAGGCAGAAAAUGCCAUGCUUAUUCGGGAGAAUUAAAGAUACGUGUCUUGUGUAGAGACAACAGUGCCUUCAGAAACGCCCAGAGAGUGGCGAACUGCUCAAGGAAUGAACUGACAGUGCCACAGGGGUUAGGGACAGGCUUAGAAGCUUGGCUCUUUUGCAGGGUUGGGCACAAGUGAGCCGAUUCUAUCUGAGCAUCUUCUCUGCCAAGACGGGAGGAUCUGAAAAUACCUUACAGACUCCUGGCGCCAUGAGAAGAAACAACUACACCUUCAUCUUCAACUUGAUUUCCUUCCUUCUGGCAGCGUCCUUUUCUCUAAAGGAGGUGGGCAGCACGUGUAUGUACAGUGAGCGGACCAGUCUGAAGAUCCAGGCCCUGGAGAGAGGGGUGUUCCCCGGCAGUGAAGAACAUCUGCUCACGGACAAUGAUACACUGCUCUGCAGUCAGUACAGGGACUUCGUGUUGUGCUCCAGCUAUGUCCUACAUCAGGAACCCGGAUGUUCGCUAAGAGACCUUCCUACAGUCUUCCCGACAUUCUACACGUAUCAGGACACUGUGGGGCCAGACUGUUACCUACCGGGCAGAGGAAGUUACGCCGUCCAUCGGAUGACGUCACUGCAGAUAGACGGGUGUAAGAGGUACGUGUGUCUGGGGAUGUUACAGAACUGCAGUGACGUCUUCCUGGGGAAGGUAGCUACCAUGGACCAGGACAGCCUCUGUACAUGGCCGGGCGAUCAGUUGGGGGUGUACAUGGAGUUAUAUGACUGCGUUGACUACGCCCAAGCUGUGACCAACUACACGGAAAGCCUGCUAGCAGACGAGGUGUUGAAGAGGGUGCACGAGACUGCGUACGGCCACUGCAAGGGCAAAUACAAGCGGGAACGAGAGCCGUUCGACCCGCCUGACUCCAUCUUCGCCGUCUGCGUCUCGGUGCCCGCCUUCCUGACGUUUGUAGCCGCGGUGGUGCUAGCGUCCUGGGACUACAUCCGAGGAAAGCAGUCCACCGGGGAGUCUGGACGUACCGAUACGUUCUCUAUGGACCGCGUCAUGGUGACCAUGGACUUGAAACUGCCGGGAUCACAAUAACACAGUCAGUUUUGAUAGCCAUGGACUUCCAUGACAUUUCUAUAGAUAUGGACAUAUAGAAGAACUUCAAGUCGUGAUGGAAGGUUUACCACAACAUAAAGGCUCACUUUAGGUGAAUCAAUGCCGCUGUGAGUCACAGUGUGGCGCUCUUAAACCAUGACAUUUCUAUAGAUAUGGACAUAGAAGAACUUCACGUUGUGAUGGAACUUGGAAGGUUACCACAGCUCACUUUAGAUGAGUCAAUACCGCUGGGUGUCGCAUUGUGGCACUCUUAGACCAGGGGGAGCAUUCUUGGUUGCUUUACUUGUGUGGUAGAAGGACUUGUAAUACGAUUGUAUCUAGAAUCUGUUAUCACUAUUGUAUUAUAUGGACAGGUAUCAAUACAAAGCCGGAUACAUAACAGUAUAAUCAAGGAAAAGGCCCAAGGAUGGCCAAUCAGCCUAAAGUAAAGGCCCAAGGAUGGCCAAUCAGAACCAAGGAGAGGCCUGGCACCUAAAGAUGGCCAAUCAGUAACAAUGAAAGGUCUGGGAAUGGCCAAUCAGCACCAAGGAAAGGCCCGAUGAUAGCCAAUUAGAAGCUAGGUAAGGCCUUGAAAUGGCCAGUCAGCAUUACGGAUAAUUAACUAAUGUGAAUUUGUACAUGUAAUAGAAAUGGAAUGAAGAAUAAGCUUAAGGCCGCUGGUCGGUUAUCUGUUGAAUAAAGCAAUUCAAAAUCUAAUACGUUAAUUAUAAUGCUUGAAUUUCAAUAUCAAUGUGAAUGAUAUUUGCUUAACAAAAUGUUUAACAGUCAUAAUGAUUAAACAAGCUACUUUCUUGA